UUUUAGAAGAAUUAUUUCUUUAAGAGGCUUCCAUUGAUUCAAUGGAUAUAAUAUCAAUGAAUUAUAUUAGUUUGUAGAUAUAUGGUUGAAAUUGGAAAAAAUCAGAGAUAAUAAAUUUUUCAUCAAGAUCCAGCAAUUCCUCCCCCUAUUCAAGUAAAAAAGGCUUCAAAAAAAGAUAUAAACAAACGACACUCAAGAAGAGAUCGAGAAACAAUUCGAGUUUGAACAUAUAA